GUUAUUCCCCUUUUAUUUUCUUUUUUUAGGAAAGGGAUCCAUUCCUCCUUACUUAAAAUAGUAGAAAAGGAGCGUUGCAUUGCCACACAACCGGUUUAUAUCCCGUGGUUUCCUUCAGCUUCUGGCCUGCUUGACGAUUCACCGAUCUUCCGUAGAUAUCCAAUCCAUCAUACCCAGGAAGCACCAAUUUCUUCAAUAUGACCUGGUUAGGGCACUAAAUCCUUGGAGAAAUGACAUCACUCCGCUCAUCUGGAUAUGUAGAUCCUGGUUGGGAGCAUGGUGUUGCCCAAGAUGAGAAGAAAAAGAAAGUCAGAUGUAAUUACUGUGGGAAAGUAGUCAGUGGUGGGAUAUACAGAUUGAAGCAGCAUUUAGCUCGCCUCACUGGUGAAGUCACUUACUGUGACAAGGCCCCAGAGGAAGUUUGCUUCAGAAUGAGAGAAAAUCUAGAAGGGUGUCGUUUCGGUAAAAAGCCUAGGCAUUUCGAAUAUGAUGAACAAACAUAUUUGAAUUUCCAUGGUAGUGAUGACGCGGAAGAGGAGGAUCAGAUAGGGUACAAGAAUAAAGGGAAGCAGUUGGCUAAUAAUGACAAGGGUUUGGUUAUAAAUUUGACCCCUCUCAGAUCUCUUGGAUAUGUUGAUCCUGGGUGGGAACAUGGUGUCCCUCAGGACGAAAGAAAAAAGAAGGUAAAAUGUAAUUAUUGUGAAAAAGUAGUGAGCGGGGGUAUAAACCGUUUUAAGCAGCAUAUAGCAAGAAUACCAGGGGAAGUUGCCCCUUGUAAAAAUGCUCCUGAAGAAGUGUAUCUUAGGAUAAAAGAGAAUAUGAAAUGGCACCGCACAGGAAGAAGGCAUAGACGGCCCCAUACUAAAGAGUUAUCGGCCUUCUAUAUUAAUAGCUCAGAUAACGAAGACGAUGAAAACGAAUAUGAAGAUCUUGAAGAAGAGGCAGUGCAGAAUGUGACCAAUGAGAAACUUUUAAUUGGGGAUAAUAAAAGAGUUGACAGAGACUCAAUGAGGCAUUUUAGAGGGGCAUUAUGUGCUAGUGUGUCUGAACCAUUACCGAAAAGAUCAAAGUUUGAUGCAUUUGAGGCAACACCAAAGGCGUCAAUUCUUCAAUCUCCUUCCGGGAAAACAAAAGCACGUUCUAACAAAAAACCCCUCAAGGAGGUCAUGUCUGCAAUCUGCAAGUUUUUCUAUCAUGCUGGAGUGCCUCCUCAUGCAGCGAACUCUCCCUAUUUUCAUAAAGUGCUGGAGUUGGUUGGUCAGUAUGGACAGAAUUUUGUAGGCCCUUCAAGUCAAAUGAUAUCUGGAAGGUUUCUACACAAUGAAGUUGUAGUUAUAAAAAAUCAUAUUGCUGAGUAUAAAUCUUCAUGGGCAGUCACGGGCUGUUCUAUUUUGGUUGAUAGUUGGAAAGACACGCAGGAGAGGGCUUUAAUCAAUAUUUUGCUUUCUUGCCCUCGUGGCAUGUACUUUGUUUGCUCUGUUGAUAUAACCAAUGUUGUUGAGGAUUCAGCAUAUCUAUUUAAGCUUCUUGAUGGAGUAGUGGAAGAUAUGGGUGAGGAAUAUGUCAUACAGGUGAUCACUCCGAACACACCAAGCUAUCAAGCUGCAGGAAAGAUGCUUGAAGAAAAAAGAAAGCAUCUGUUUUGGACACCUUGUGCUUCAUAUUGUAUUGAUAGAAUUCUUGAAGAUUUUUUGAAGAUACAAUGGGUUGGAGAAUGUAUGGAGAAAGGACAGAAGAUUACAAAAUUCAUUUACAAUCGUGUAUGGCUGUUAGAUCUUAUGAAAAAGGAAUUUACGGGAGGACAGGAACUUCUAAAACCAUCUUUCACCAAAUUUGCUUCAAGUUUUACUGUCGUCCAGAGUUUGCUGGACCAGAGGAAUUGUCUUAAGAAAAUGUUUCAAUCAAACAAAUGGCUUUCAUCUCGGUAUUCAAGGUCAGAUGAGGGUAAAGAAGUUGAGAAAAUUGUUCUGAGUGCAUCAUUUUGGAGGAAGAUGCUUUAUGUGAGGAAAUCAGUUGACCCUAUCUUGGAAGUUCUUCACAAUAUCAAUAGCAAUGAUAGCCAUACUAUACCUUUUAUCUACAAUGACAUGUACAAAGCAAAACUAGUAAUCAAAGCUAAUCACAAUGAUGACAUCCGUAAAUACCAGCUGUUUUGGGAUGUAAUAGACAAUCACUGGAAUAUUUUAUCUCACCACUCGCUCUACCUGUCCGCCUACUUUUUGAAUCCUUCAUACCGGUAUCGUCCUGAUUUUGUUCCGCAUCCAGAGGUUGUACGUGGGCUGAAUGGAUGCAUUGUUAAACUGGAACCAGACAGCGCCCGAAGAAUUUCUGCUUCCAUGCAGAUAUCUGAAUUUAAUGCUGCUAAAGCUGAUUUUGGGACUGAUCUGGCAAUUAGUACCAGAAUGGAGCUUAAUCCAGCUGCAUGGUGGCAACAACAUGGGAUAAAUUGUUUAGAGCUGCAGCGUAUAGCUGUACGGAUACUCAGUCAAACGUGCUCAUCCUUUGGGUGUGAGCAUAACUGGAGUGUUUAUGAUCACACUCACAGUGAAAGGCAUAACCAUUUGGCACAGAAAAGAUUGAAUGAUGCAAUCUUUGUCCAUUAUAACCUACGACUUAGGGAACGACAGAGGUUGAUAAUGUCCAAUGACUCAAUUGCUCUUGACAGUGUGCUGCAAGAAAGUUUGUUGUAUGAUUGGAUUGUAGCAUCAGACAAACAAGUCUUUCAAGAAGACGAGGAAGGUCUGUACAGUGAAAUGGAACUUGGUGUAUAUGAUAAUGACUUCAUGGAGCAUGAUGGUGGCAGAAAUGAGAUGGAGAUGGCAACUCUAGCUAGCAUGGCUGGACCACUGGAAGUGCAUCAUGGGGGGGCAACUGAUGAUGAUGAGGAUGACGAUGAUCUCAAUUUUCUAGACGACGACAUAAGUGAGUAGAAUCCCAACUCUCUGAAACCAACAGACUUCAGGUAACCUAUUUCCAGCUUGGUGGCAGUAAGACCAUCAUACAAAAAAAUGUUUUAUGCUUAAGGAGACCACCAGAAUCAUCAUGAAAGAGGCCUCCUUUGUUGUACUCUCACCUAAACAAGGGAAAGAGAAAUAGAGAAGACCGACUCUGAGUUGUACUAAUUUAGCCAAAGUCCCUUAUGCAGGGGCAAAUAAGGAAAAGAUUUGCGAUGGCAUUUGUGAAUCCAUUUUUGUGCUGUACUUAAUAUGUGCAUGAAAGACAGCUUGUAGAAGAUGAUGAUGGAUGAUGAGGUAAGCUGGCUGGUUAUUUUGUUGCAAGGGGAAAUUACUUUCAAUGUCUGGCUUACAAUGAUGUACAUCACCUGACCCAAAAAGAUACUGAAAUUCUGGAUUUGAUUCGACCAUUUCAUGUUCUUUUUUCCCCGGGGGUAUUAGAGAUGCCAUAUUGUGUAUCAUGUUCUUGUUUGGGGUUGAUAAAAACCAAUAUUGUUCAAGUGCAUCGUGAGCUCAAACCGAAGAUAGAGGUACAUGUACCAGUAAUGUUAAUGACAGAAAUAAAUCAUUAGGCUAGAUUCUGCAGGUGAUACAAUACCAAUUAGGAAGUCUGAACAUGAAAAAAUAGUCUGAUUUUGU